UCAGUUUGUUUAUGUGGCAGCUGUCCUUGUGCUCGGGGAGCGGCGUGGUCUGCACCAUACGGGGCAACACGUAGCUCGGUGUAACACUAGGUGACGUGGCCAUGUGGAAUUACUCUACUUCCCGUCGAAAGACAUGCCUGCCCCCGUGACUGGACCAUGGCGGCGUGCAGACUGCGUGAAGACGGGCGGUGGCGGUGAGGUAGAAGUGGACGUGUAACGUGUCGCACACUCGCGCCGUGUCACCCCGGCUCAUCGUGCGUGCGGCACCGACUCUGGCAGGAAAAGGCCGGUAGACUUGCAGCUGAGAUGCUCUCAUUCUUCCCCGCCCUGGCCUGUGUCUGCUUGUUUCUGUCAGAUCAGGGGGGCGCCGUCUCACUCAGGUUUAGAGGUGACUUGGAAAUGACGACAGACAACGGGGACCAUGAAGUCUUUGUUCCGUUUCUGUCCGAUUCCGAGGGGAGGUUCCUGAGUUACGACUUGAAGUCGUCAUCGAGGCAUGCCAGGAGUCUGAAUGGCGACAGAAACUUGUAUGUGUCAUUCAAGGCUUUCAAGUCUGACUUUCUUUUGAGGCUUGAACCAAAUGAUAAACUUAUCGCCCCGAAGGCCACGGUCGAGUGGCAGGAAGGGAAUACCACCCGUAAGGAGAGAAUAAAGGACCGCUGCUUCUACAGAGGACAUCUAAACAACGCGUCUGUUUCCUCGGUGGCAGUUACCAACUGCCGAGGCCUGGAAGGAUGGAUUCACUCAGAAGGGAACAAUUUCUUCAUUCAGCCACUUUACAAUUCAUCAACGGAUCACAGAGAGCAUGUCAUACACAGAAAACACACAAGCCUGGAGGGGGAUACCAUGCAAUGGCCCACUAUAAGUAUACCUGAAGAAGACAACUCGAGACACAAGCGCCAUGACACAGUGAGAGACAAGAAUGUGGAAGUUCUAUUGACAGCAGACUACUCCGUCGUCUCUUUCCAUGGAUAUGAAAAUAUUCAGAUCUAUUUGCUGACUAUCAUGAACAUAGUGAAUGAGCUCUACCACCACCGGUCCCUUGGAGCCCAUGUUAACGUGUGCCUGGUGCGGAUGGUUCUUUUGGAUCCAGCAACAUCUAACAUGGUGGUCCCCGGGAACCCGUCGCGCAGUCUGGAGCAGGUCUGCAGAUGGGCGCACGACGUGCAGACGGAGGACCUGGACGACAGCGACCACCACGACCACGCCAUCUUCCUCACACGUAUUGAUUUCGGACCUGCAGGUUACGCCCCGGUGACAGGCAUGUGUCACGAGCUCCGCAGCUGCACUCUCAACCACGAGGACGGAUUCUCCUCAGCCUUCGUGGUGGCUCACGAGACCGGUCAUGUCCUAGGUAUGGAGCAUGAUGGUGAUGGUAAUGACUGUUCUGACGAGACUGCCUAUGGAAGCAUCAUGGCACCACUGGUACAGGCUACAUUCAGCCGCUACCACUGGUCCAGAUGCAGUCAGAUGGAGCUUAGACAACACAUCAGUGACUACUACUGCCUUGAUGAUGAUCCAUUUGAAAAAGACUGGCCUAAAAUCCCAGAGUAUCCCGGCAUAAACUACUCCAUGGAUGAACAAUGUACCUUUGACUUUGGAGGAGGAUACAGACUCUGUACUGCAUUCAAGACAUAUGACCCAUGUAAACAGCUGUGGUGCAGCCAUCCUGGUAACCCGUUCUUCUGUAAGACUAAGAAAGGACCAGCUCUGGAUGGGACGUCAUGUGGGGACAGGCUGUGGUGUCUACAAGGUUCCUGUCAGAAGGAACAUCCCAUUGCCAUCCACGGGGGGUGGAGUACGUGGACAGCCUGGGAGGAGUGUUCCAGGACAUGUGACAUCGGCAUCCGAGUCAGACACCGCACAUGCGAUAAUCCAAGACCAGAGAGAGGGGGUUCUGACUGCAAGGGACAAAGUCAGGAAUUUGAAUUAUGUAACACACAGGAUUGCCCUGACUCCCCUGUGGAUUUCCGAGCCCAGCAGUGCAGUGUGCACGACAUUGAAGAGAUCCUAGGAACUACUCACCACUGGAUACCACAUCAACCGGAGGGAGAAAAGAGCCCCUGCAAGCUCCAAUGUAUAUCACGUGAGAAGGGUGACAUCCACAGAUUCCCUGGUGAUGUCAUUGAUGGAACUCGGUGCUCCUAUGACAACCCUACAAACAUCUGCGCUCUCGGAAAAUGCGAGACUGUUGGAUGUGACCGAAAGCUGCAGUCUACCAAAGAGUUUGACAACUGUGGGGUCUGCGGUGGGGACAGUACUAAAUGUAAAACUAUCAAAGGCACGUUUGACAAGGCUCCUAGACCAGGUAACACCAUCCCUGGCAGUGAUGAGGAGUCAGACACAGAGUACCAGGAGGUUGUGGUUCUGCCUAAGGGUGCCUGGAACAUCGAGGUGUUCGAGACAACACCAUCCCCACAUUUCAUCGCACUGAAGAAUGCAGUGACAGGUGUUGUUGCUCUCAAGGACCACGGAACGAAGGAAGCCUUGCUGCAUUUUGUAGAGGGUGGGGCACGAUGGACGUACCUCCGCUCCAGUGAUAGUGAAACCCUGGGUACCAAAGGACCACUGCUCCAACCCAUUGUUGUACUGAUCUCCCCAAAAGGAGUGGAGCCGUCCACGCUGGCGUACAAGUAUGUGAUCCACGAGGACCUGCUCCCAUCUGUCAACAACAACAUGAUCCCUGGAGGCAGUCCUGAUGAGUACAUCUGGGUCAUGAGGGCCUGGACGGUGUGUUCCAAGUCAUGUGGUGGGGGUGUGCAGUACACGAGGUAUGCCUGCAAGAGAAAGAGCGAUGAUAAAGUGAUGAACAUUCGACUGUGUAACAAAGAUGAACGACCUGCAGUCCUGCGGAGAGAGUGUAACAUCCACUCCUGCCAGGAAGCCAGAUGGGUUGAGGAGGCAUGGGAACACUGCUAGACCUGUGGAAUGGAGGGUUACCAGAUCCGUACAGUCCGAUGUGUGCGCCCCACGCCUGACAACUCCUCCAUCGAACCUGUCCAUCACAAGCACUGUAAGGAAGACAAACCGGCCAAUCGGCAGCCAUGUAACAGGGUCCCCUGCCCAUCCUUCUGGAGAACUGGGGCGUGGUCAAAGUGCUCUGUCAGCUGUGGCCAGGGUCUACAGGAGAGACAGGUGGUGUGUCAGGGACCGGGAAACAGACCCUGGGACGCUGAUGAUGAUGAUGACGAUGUUCACUGUAUGGAGAAGAAGCCUCCUGCCACACAAGUCUGUAUAGGAGAGCCCUGCCCAGAGGAUACCUGUGCAGGGGACCAGUCUAUCUUCUGUCAGCUGGAUGUGUUGUCACGCUACUGCUCCAUUCCUGGCUACCAGAAACUGUGCUGCCGGUCCUGUAGAAGAUACCAGCCCACUCCACAGUUACCUCCUGCUCCUCUCAACCAGACAGUCCAGGAGGGGAGGGUAGAGUCAACACAAACCAGUGGUGUACAAGCGGGUUAAUUAUCAUUAUUACAUCAAGAUUAUAUGUAAGGCCAUAAAAAACCUUCUGCCGAUCUUAAACUGUAGACUUUGUACUUGAUUCUUCCUGUGCGCUACCAUCGUCACAUGCUUUGCACGGCAUCCGUGUAUAAAUAAUUUUUGAUAAUUGAUUGAAAAGGAAUGAAACAUUAGUCAGGAGUGAUGUUGUAAAUUGAUUUUUAGCAGGUGGUUGCAUAAAUUUGCAUAUUAGUUGGGAAUUUAUUGCAUGUUUUGGUUAUUGCAUAUUUGACUAUGGGGAAAACUUUUUUCACACUUCUAAACAGUGCUGUAGGCCCAACAUAUAGCUGAUGAUUGCAAAGUUUUCAACAUAACUGUCUAACCUAUUAUCAACUCCUAAAACCUCAUCUACAUGGGUGACCAAAAUAAGUUUUAAUUUAUUAUUUUUCACUCCCAUCUCCAUUAUUUCAUGGCAAAAUAGUUGUCAAUUGUCAUUAUGACAUUUAUAUUUGUCAUGACAUCUAACCUAAUGAAAUUUCAUUGCUGUGUCAUGAAGAUAUACGUAUGCAUGUAUCUGUAGAACUUACAGAAGUACUGAAUGAUGUCUGUACAUUAUUCUGAUACAUUCAGAUUUCUGUAACAGACACCCCAGGAUGAGAGCUAGAAAACUGUAAUGUCAUAAUUAGCCAAGUCUUUAUUCUUUCCCUGCUGAAAUAGCCUUUUGGUACCAAGUUGGGGUUAGGCAGCAGGAAGAAGGUAUGACAUAUAAUUAAGAUUAAGAUGCCUUGUCUUGAAGGUGCAAAAGCUGCUGCAGCAUUUGUAAACAAUCUGAUCAGAUUUGAUCAAGCCGUUGUCAUAAUUAGCUUGUACUUUAUUGUGACCAAUCAACUGCUUCUAUAAUCAAGAUUUCUUUUCAGCCAUUCGUGUCUCAUGCUAGUAAAAAGUGUAGGUGUAGCAUUUAUGAUCAGACUCAUGAAUUAAUUAACAUCCUUACUUGAGUGUUUAAUGUGAUGAUGUUUAUUGACUUGAUUUAUCCAUGCAGACCUAUAGUAUAGUACCUAGUGUUGACCAUGUAUUACCCUUUGCUUGUAGUUGUGUGUAAAGUAGAUCUACUAGAUGAUAUCUCUCAACUACACAGGCUGUAUUUUAGUAGGGCGGUUCAAGGAAGCUUUCCCCUGACCCACUUCCUGUUAUUGUAGGAAGCACCAAAAUGUCAGCUUCCUACAAUAACUGAAAGUAUGUCAGAGGAAGUCUUUAUUGAGCUGUACUUGUAUAUAACAUACAUUCCAACUGUCAAGUAAAAUGUGGAACUAUGUGUACAUGUAUGUGAAUGAUCAUAAAACUCAUACUUAAUGAUCUUUAUCAGGUGGAAGAUUUAAAACUGAAAAUACAAAACAAAGUCAU